AUGGAAAGCAUUGCCAUGCGAGACAGGAAGAGGACGGCACUUGGUCGCCAGACGGAACUUACCAGGUUUUUCGGAAUCAAUUCCCUCACGAAUUGUUGCCACUUGCGCUGGGCAUAUCAAUUAUCAGAAAAUAUACCGCACAUUUCCCGUUACCCGUACAUUCUGGAUCUUUCGGGCGUCAGUCGAGUGCCCAAAUGCGUGCACGGAGUAGUUACGAGGAAUCGACGAUCAAGAAUGGCUUCGCAUGCGGGGCGAAUGGAUUCGAGGAAAUCUACUGCACUCUACGCUCUAGAACUUCGCACAUUUGGUAUGAACCUGAUGGUUGAGAAUUCAGCCCAACCUCCGAUCGCGAUUCAGAACGUUAGAGCAGCGUAAGAGUACAACGGACUCCGAUUCAUCCUCAUCUCGCGGAAGUCUAGUUUAAGGCGAUUCGAAGCAGUUCAAAUUCAAGUUCGCAACGCUCCGCGCCACCAGAGUUUGCAUGGUCUCAAUUUCGAAACCAGCGCAAUCAUGUUUUGAACUCGUGAAGGUGAGGCACAUGAAGUUGCAAACCAUUUCAUCUCGUUCCGUCGAGAAGUUGCUACGUACACAUCAUGGGUGGAAAACAACAUGCAGAGCUAAGUUCUAGGUGGAUGAAAAUGUGCACUUCUUCUUCGAAGACAUCGUUAUGAAACUUGUAAUUCAAGAUGAGAUUUCAAGCUGGAUUGCGACCUG